AUGUUUCCUGCAGCAGUAGCUGUUGACUACACUGAAAUGCGCAAAAAGCGAAUGGCACUUGAGGACCUUGUGCUCAAGUUUGAGAGAAAGGAAUGUGCUGAUAAAAGAAUCGCAAGGGCACUCAAUGCCGUUGCUGCGGUGAAUAUGGGGUCGCGAAAAGAAAAGAAAACACAAAGAGCUUCUAGCCCUUGCUGGGAAAAUAUAAAAGGAGAAGAAUGUAGAGAAGGCAGGAAACAGCCUCCAGAUGCGUAUAGAGAAAGAAAGAACAACUUUUGGAAGCGAAGUGACUGGAUUAUUGGGUCUGCGGCCGUUCUCAGGCCCCAUUGGCCCGGUGGAGACCUCCAAGGUCGUUAG